AUGGUAUAUGGAGAUGAUCAAGAAUUGGUGCGAUCACAUUUGCAAAUCGAAACUGCAAAAGUUCGCCAGCUCAAAAUGAAUUGGUUGCCAUUUCUAAAGUGAGUUUUUUAUUUUAAAAAAAUGUUUUCGAAUUCAUGAAUUUUUAGAGCUCGAAUGAUUUCACACCACGAUUACGAUUUUAUAGUGACUUAUGAAGAUGCAGUUAAUAAACACGAAAGAAAUGUAGUUUUGAAUGUUUAUAAAGAUAAAGCUGUCUACGCAUUUAUUCAUUUAGCAUCUCAAGUUACAAAAAACGAAUUUGUUCGAUAUGUUUUGACUGUAAUUGAUGAUUUGUUAAUCGAAGAUGGAACUAGAGUUGAAAUAUUCGAAGUAGCAGCUAAUCUAUCCAAAAGGUAAAUCCUUUUUUUUAAAUGUGUUCCAAACGUUGCUUUGUAUUUCUUGAAUUUCAGAUCACCAUUCUUCUUCUUCGUCAAUUUUCUAACUCGUUCUGAUCCAUACACAGUUCACAUAACUUGUGAAAUCGUAACAAAACUGGCAACAUUGGGAAAAACGAAAAUGUCUGGCGAUGAUUUGGAAUAUUUUAUGGGAUUUUUUAGAGAGCAGAUGAAUAGAGGAUUGGCUAAUGAUUAUAUUUCGAGUACGACGAGAUGUAUGCAAACCUUGUUCAGAUGUGAUUCUUAUAGGUUAGUGGAUGGGAAUCGAAAGGGGUUUGUAUAGCGAUAUAAAUCCAUUUUCUAGAGUUGCUUUCGCAAAUCACAAUGGUCAUGAUUCAUUGAUCCACGCAUUAUAUUCCACAAGAAAAUGUGGUUUCCAAAUUCAAUAUCAAAUAAUAUUUUGCAUGUGGCUUUUGACAUUCAAUCAUUAUGCAGCCGAACAAACUCUUAAUUCAAAUGUUAUUCAAAUGAUUGUUACAAUUUUAGGAACAUGUUCGAAAGAAAAAGUUAUUCGAAUUAUUCUUGCUACUUUACGGAAUAUUCUAUCAAAAAUUGAGGACAAAGUUCAUAAAAAGUAGGUUUCAAAAUGUGGUAUUUUUUGAAAAAAAAAUGGGAUUUUCUUAUAGGCAGGCAGCUCUUCAAAUGGUUCAAUGUAAAUUGAUCAAAAAGUUGGAAUUGAUUGAUACAAGAAAAUUUGAUGAUAUUGAAUUGCUUGUAAGUUAUUUCUAAAAAUCACAAAGUUUUGACAUUUGAAAAAUUCUGAAGUUUCCUUAGUUUUCGAAUUUUUCAGGAAGAUAUUGCAUUUCUACGCGAAAAUCUUCAAAAAAUCACAGUUGAUUUGACAUCAUUUGAUGAAUAUGAAAGUGAACUUCGUCACGGUUGUCUUCAUUGGUCGCCAGUUCAUAAAUGUGAAAAAUUUUGGGAGAAAAAUGCGUCGAAAUUGAAUGAGAAUCGCAAUGAAUUGUUGAAAAUAUUGAUUGGAUUGCUCGAAAAUAGUAAUGAUCCUCUGGUUGUUUGUGUUGCAGCUCAUGAUAUUGGAGAAUAUGUUAGGUAAGGGUUUUUGGAUAAGGAUGAGGGGAUUGGAUCUAGCCAUAGAAAAUUUAAAAAAAUUUUUGCAGAUUCAAUCCACGUGGAAAACAUUUCCUCGAACAAUUGGGCGGAAAAGAGGCACUUAUGAGAUUAUUAAUGGUGAAAGAUCCAAAUAUCAGGUAUCACGCACUUUUAUCGGCACAAAAAUUUAUGGUCCAUAAUUGGAAAUAUUUGGGCUUGAAAUACACAUAA